CUCCUCUUGUCUGUACUAGGUUUCCUGAUCUUGGAUAUUCGCCUCAUCUCUCUCUGACUUGUUAGAUCGCUCCAGCGGGGGCUUAGCUAGCCUGAUCACCAAAUACACUGCCAGGUUAUUGACUUUCCCGGCGUGCUGUUGAUUAUUGAUCUGAGCCAUGCCCCAAAGUCAUUUGUUCGAUCUGCGUAGGCUUGCGUUUCCGUUUCCUGAUGUCGCUGGCCUCACAGGCUGCAACGACCAGGAUUCAUUCUGAAUCUCGCAUGUCCUCGCCGCAUCGCUCGUCUGCUCAGGGAGUCCGUCGGUAUUCUCUAGGUUUCCCCGCUAGUGCAGAAUCUGACCAAGGAUUCCGACCAACUAUCUUACCCGGUAGUCACACUGACCGUUUAGGAAGUCGACACGUAACCAGUGCCGACGAGAAUACCUAUAUCGCGUACGGUAACCUGAACAGUGAUCGCUGUUCAACAGCUGAUCUUAGGAAAGGGAAGCAUACUGGCGAGACCGCGGCGAAUACACUUGGUCCGCCAAUAGCAAACCUGACCAAUCAAGCGAGGCUCCAUAUGGUCCAGAACCAGCCUGCACCCUCGCAGGCUUUAGGGGGACCCGAUACUCGGCACCUCGAUACGCAGCAACUCGAUACGCCGCAACUCGAUACGCGGCAAAUCGAUACGCAGCAACUCGAUACGCGGCAACUCGAUACGCGGCAACUCGAUACGCAGCAACGGAGUCCAGGCACUGAAACGCGCAACCACCUUGAUACAAGCGAGGCUUCUCGAACCGACCCUCAGGGCCAGCGAGACAAGAGUUUACCCACGAAUAUUCACAAUGGGCCGAAUCUCCUGGGAAAUCCGAAGGCGGAGGGAGAGGAUCGCGCACAGGCGAAUGGCUCGCUUCAUGGUGGCCCGAGUCCGUCGCUAAUGCUGCAGUCGUCAAACACCCAGCCGAAUUCGACCGAUCUUGUAGAGCAGCGGCAGUCGAAACCUACACCAGAGGAGACGAAUUCUGAAGAUCGAGAACGACAAGAUUCCAAGGCUAUAGGGUUUCGCGGUGCUGCUAACAGCGCGGACAGGAAGAUUCAGGGGACGAUGACUGCGAUGCCUGCGCUGCACCGUCCGCCCUCGCAGUCGCUCCCGGUCCGAGCGAUGGCGCGGCUGGAGGAUGCCAGAGUGCCGGAGAAAGCGUACCAGCAACUGCUGCAGCAGCAGACGGCGCAGCAGCAGCAGCAACCACAGCAGCAGAAGCAGCAGUCGAGUUCACAGCUGCAGCAAUCUCAGCAGCAGCAGCAGCCUGACCGGCCGCAGUCGCCUUUCUCCCCGGCUCACGUUCCGCGGCAGCACCAGCAUCAGCCGCAGCAACAAUCCCCUCUUGGCUACUCCCCGCAGCAGCAGCAGCAACCACAGCUGCAAAAAGCACAGCAACAGCAGCAGCAGCAGCCUCAGCUGAAUGUGGUUCAAGGCCACCAGGGACAGCUGCAGCAGCAAGCUCAGCUACCCGCGCAGCAGCACCAACAGCCCCAGGCGCAGGGGCAGGCGCAACAGCAGCAGAUGACGCCCCAAGGGCAGACUCAGCAAAUGCAGACGCAGCCGGCGCAACCGUCCCAGCACCAGCAGCCAUUUUCCGCCCAGACCGCCAUGCAGCAACAGCAACCUCAGCAGCAACAUCCCCCUCAGCAGCCUUACUACCAGCAACCACAGAAUCAGCAAUCACUGCAGCUAUCCCAGCAACAGCAGCAACAGCAGCAACAGCAGCAACAGCAGCAACAGCAGCAACAGCAGCAGCAGCAGCCGACUCAGCAGCAAUUUCUCCCACCAUCCGUCCAACAUCAGGCGCAGCAGCCAGCACAACCGCAGCAGCAGCAGCAGUAUGGUCAACCUGCGUACCAGCAGCAGCAUCUGCAGCAACAGCAACAGCAGCAGCAGCAGCAACAACAUCAGGGGCAGCAUCAAGUGCAUCAGCCGCCACAAGCGCCGUUGCCGCAGCAGCAGCAGCAGCAGCUGAUGUCAGCACAACAUCAACUGCCAGCUCAGCAGCUGAUGGCUCCGCAGCAACUGUCAAUACCUGGCCAACAACCACCAAUGCAACCGCAGCAGCAGACGAUGCAACCACAGCAACAGAUCAUGCAGCCUCAGCAACAGCUGCAGAUCCAGCAGCAGCAGCAGCCACAGAUGCAGCAGAUGCAGCAGAUGCAGCAGCAGCAGCAGCAGCAGGCAGUGCAGUUCGCAGUCCAGGGCUCUCAGGCAUCUGCCCCCGUUCCAGUAAUGAAUGGAGUGGCAGGGAUGCCGCAGCAAGGCAUGCCGCAGUCGAGCACGGCGCAGCAGCAGGGCAUGGCGCAGCAGCAGGGCAUGGCGCAGCAGGGCAUGGGUCAUCCAUCAGGUAGCAUGCAGCAGCACAGCAUGGGUCCGCCUCAGAUGGUAGCGCAGCUGCAGGCACUGGUGCAGGGACAGGGCACAGGGCAGCACGGAUUGUCCCAACCGCACAUGGUGCAUAACGCCAUGAUGCAACCGGGUAUGGCACAACAGGGCAUGGCGCAACAAGGCAUGCUGCAACAAGCCAUGGCGCAACAAUCCAUGGCGCAACAAGGCAUGGCGCAACAAGCCAUGGCGCAACAAGGCAUGGCGCAACAAGGCAUGGCGCAACAAGGCGUGGGGCAACAAGGCGUGGGGCAACAGCAAGGGAUGUUUCAACCGGGCUUGGUCCAACAAGGGAUGUCGCAACAGCAAGGGAUGUCGCAACAACAAGGGAUGUCGCAACAAGGCAUGGCACAGCAACAGGGCAUGGCACAGCAGCAGGCGUCACAGCAGCCGAUGUUUGGCUUUCAGGGAGGGCCAUCUGCCUUCCUGCCACACAACGGCCAAGCCUACCAGCAGCAGAUGCAGCAGAUGCAGCCGUUGCAGCCAAUGCAGCCGAUGCAGCAAGUGCAGCAAAUGCAGCAGCAGCAGCCAGGUCAACACAUGAUGCACAUGCAAGCACCAGCAAUGCCCAUGCAACAAGGCUCGGUACUAAUGCAACAAGGCUCGGUGCCAAUGCAGCCGGCACCUGCAGCGCCCAUGCAGUCAGGCAUGCCCAUGCCCAUGCCCGCACACCAGCCUUUUUCAGCCCUGCCUAUGACUGUGCAAGUCGUGUCGGCUUCCCUCCCUUCUCCCCUGCAGCAGCAGCAACAGCCACCUGGGAAUAUACCUGGGCAGAACAACAUGUCAGGCGACUUCGGCUCCUGGGCGCCCUUCACGGUGACGCAGUGGCAGGAGCUGGAGCAGCAGGCGCUGGUUUUCAAGUACCUCGUGGCAGGCGCGCCAGUGCCUCCGCACCUCGUGGCCGCGCUCAGGGCCUCCUGCGCGCGCCUCCCCCCCCUCGCAGCGCUGCAGCAGCCUGCCGCUCCUUCUGGCCAACCGGGAUGGGCGCAACCAGCGCAGCAGGUGGAGCUGGAGCCGUUCAGGUGCCGGCGGACAGACGGGAAGAAGUGGAGAUGCUCCAGAGAGGUUGUCCCGGACCAGAAGUACUGUGAGCGCCACAUGCACCGCGGUCGCAACCGCUCGCGCAAGACCCAUGACCGCGCGGCCCCCGGCACCUCGCUGGUCGACGCAAACGACGCUGACGACGGCCCGGCUGCUGCUGCUGCUGGCGGUGCUGGCGACGGUGGAGCUGCUGCUGCUGCUGGUGCUGGUGCUGCUGGUGGGGAUGCAGGCACGCCAAGGACAGCAGGCGCUACAGGAGCAGGUGCGGGAGGAGGAAGGGGGGGAGUAGGUGCAGGAGGGCCAGGAGCGAGAUCAGCAGUGAUGACCCCCUCCAGCAUCAACACCACUGAUCUCACCACCUCCCAGAGACUAGGGGCCGCCCCAUUCAGUGCCUCUUACCCUCCCAGCGCCACAUACCCUCCCACUGCCACACACCCUGGCCAUUCCACGUACCCCGGCAGUGCCACAUACCCUUCCAGUGCCACUUUCCACCCGCCUAGUGAGAGAGGGGGAAUGGCUGGUCUGCUGCAUGGGAACCCCCCGCCUCCCCUGACUCUCCCCCCUCCCGUGCACUCGGUGGCGGUAGGUGGUGCAGGGAAUGGGGCCGAGGUGAGAGGAGGCGAGGGAACGGAGCAAGCACAAGCAGCAGCGGUGGUUGGGGUGCAAGGAGAGAUGCAAGGCGCAGCAGCAGCAGCGAUGGGGGCGCAAGGAGGGAUGCAAGGAGCAGUAGCAGCGUUGGGGGGGCAAGAAGCGGGACAAGGGCCGUUGCCCAGCCAGUAGGUCUACCAGUCAAUUCAAUGCAGCACCACAAUACCCACCUUCACAGCAGCAGCAGCAGCAGCAGCAGCAGCAGCAGCAGCAGCAGCAGCAGCAGCAGCAGCAGGUGCGGCCAGCACAACAGGCAGUGCAGUUGCAGUGGGAGCACGGUCUCUUGCCACGGCAGCCCUUCUCCUACAACCCACCCCAUCCUCACCCGCAGCAGCAACCCGCUCCAUCGCCCCUGCCUACCUCUCAAGAACCGGCGCCUUUGCAAGCUAGCCAUAGUCAUUCGACCAUGCUCACCCCAAAUAUAGCACAGCAGCAGCAGCAGCAGCAGCACCACCAACACCAGCAGCAACAGCAACAACAGCAGCAGCAGCAGCAGCAACAGCAGCAGCUGCAGCAGCAGCAGCAGCAGCACCAACACCAGCAGCAACAGCAACAGCAACAACAGCAGCAACAGCAGCAGCAGCAGCAGCAGCAGCAGCAGGCGUUAGGUACUGCACCAGCAGGCGCUCAGGUGUCUCCACGACUGGCCAGCACGGGCGGCAACCAGCUGCUGCCAGGCCACUACCAGAUCGGAGGGCCACGCCUGCACUCCUCCCCUCUCAUGGGUCCGCGGGCCUCACUCCACGCCUCAACCCCCAACCACGCCUCAACGCCCAACCACGCCUCAACGCCCAGCCACGCCUCAAUGCCCAGCCACGCCUCAACGCCCACGCAUGGCCCUCGCCCCGCCCUCCAUGCGUCUACCCCCACCCAUGGCCCUGUGUUCCUGCAUGCGUCCACGCCUGGGCCCUCCCCACUUCAGGCGUCAAGAGUGUCAGGAGGAGCUCCUCCCUCUCCCGUCCUGCAAGUGCCAAGGCAUUCAGGGCCUGUUCCCUCGCCGUCUCCCUCGCCGUCUCUACACGCUGUGAAGCCCGGCGCCUCUCCUCUCCUCCAGGCAGUGAGGCCUGGAGCUCUGCUGCACGCGUCCUCUCCACUGCAGGCAGUCCAGCCAGCAGCGUCACCUGGCCAGCAACCGCACACACAAGGAGCAGCCUCCCUUUCCUUCCGGCCAGUCAAGCCUGCAGCGUCGCCGGCACUGCGACCAGCAGUUGGCUCGACACUGCAUGCUGCUGCUUCCCCUGGCGCCGCCGGUGCAAGCGGUGCUGUUGAUGGACGUGGUGGUCUGAGCUUGAGCGGUGUGAGAGCAGAUGGCGGAGAGGAGGCAAGGGGUGAGAGGGUGACAUGCAGAGACGAAGGGAGGGGGGGAAGUGUGAGAGAGGGAGGUGGUGAGAGGGCGUAUGCUGCUGCUGCUGGUGCUGCUGCUGAUGAUGAUGAUGAUGCUGCAGCAGCAGCUGGAGGCAUGCGCACUGGGAAAGGAGGAGAGGGUGGAGGUGGUUCUGAGGCGGGCUUAGGCACUGCAAGGCCGUCUCCCAAUUGCGUGCUGCAGCCUCCUUUCAGCCAAUCCGAGAGUGGGGGGGGUGACAAUACUCCUGCCGUGGUCUCUCCCCCGGGGCGUGUGAUGCUUCUGCAAUCAAACCGGCAACCGUCGCCUGUGCAAGUGGGAGCAACAGCGGCACCCAUUCAUAGACACUUGAGAUGAGCCAGCAGAAGAAACCAUCUCACUAGUGUGAGCCCCAUUAUAAAUAUAAAUGGUUGGCAUCAGAACACAGCACUCUUUCUGUUACGAUGGCCUUGCUGCCAUGACAGUUAGGCUGACCCCUGCUGAUUUAAACCCACGGGUUUUCACGUGCUGAUUCCUUAUUCACAGCAUUGAUUCAAUUUUGA